UCACCCGCGGACACACGGGAUUAUUUAAAAGGUCACCGAUUUUUUUCCCCCACUUCAUUCAAACUCUCCCUCCCCGGAUUAUCUAUCCAUCUCCUCCAAACCGCAAGAGAUUUGGGUCGGGCGAGGGGUUUCAAACCAAACAAACACCUCAGGUCAAGUCUAAUCCAAUCCAAUCCAACCCAAAUCCGGUGAGCUGCCUGCCCGGCCGGAGGGGGACUAGUAUAUUGUUAUUACUACUACUAUAUAUAAGCGGCCGUCGUCGCUCCUACCGCCACCGGACGGACGGACCCUAGCGCCUCGGCCCUCUCGUCGCUGAGCUCCGCAGCCUCCGUUGCCGGGAGGAAGAGAGACAGAGCAAGGGGGUGCGGGGAUGGCGGAGGAGGCGGUGCGGGAGCUGCGCGCGAGCUUCGCGGCGGGGCGGACGCGCGCGGCGGAGUGGCGGGCGGCGCAGCUCCGGGCGCUCGUCCGGAUGAUCGACGAGCGGGAGGCCGACAUCACCGCCGCGCUCCACGACGACCUCGCCAAGCCGCACGUGGAGUCGUACCUGCACGAGAUAUCUCUGGCGAAGUCCUCGUGCAAGUUCGCGCUCAACGGGCUCAAGAACUGGAUGAAGCCCGAGAAGGUACCUGCGGCCAUAACUACGUUCCCGUCCUCUGCGCAAAUCGUGCCUGAGCCCCUCGGUGUGGUGCUCGUCAUCUCCGCCUGGAACUACCCUUUCCUGCUCUCUAUUGACCCGGUAAUUGGAGCAAUAGCUGCUGGAAAUGCUGUUGUUCUGAAGCCAUCAGAAAUAGCGCCAGCAACCUCGUCAAUGUUCGCUAAGCUGCUACCUGAGUAUGUUGACAGCACAUGUAUUAAAGUUGUGGAGGGAGGUGUUUCAGAAACGACCACGCUCUUGGAACAAAGAUGGGAUAAGAUCUUCUACACAGGUAGCGGGACUGUAGGACGCAUAGUUUUGGCAGCAGCCGCAAAGCAUCUGACCCCGGUGGCUCUGGAGCUUGGCGGAAAAUGCCCUGCUAUUGUUGAUUCUGACGUUGAUCUUCAUGUUGCUGUUAAGAGGCUUGCUGUUGGCAAGUGGGGAUGUAACAAUGGCCAAGCAUGCAUCGCUCCAGAUUACAUCAUAACGACGAAAUCAUUUGCACCAGAGCUGGUGGACUCUUUGAAAAGAGUUCUGGAGAGGUUCUAUGGGAAGGAUCCUCUGGAAUCGGUGGAUCUAUCUCGCAUCGUUAAUUCUAAACAUUUUCAGAGAUUGACAGAAUUGAUAGCAGAAAAGAAAGUAGCUGACAAGAUCGUGUACGGAGGCCAGACUGACGAGAAGAAACUAAAAAUUGCUCCUACACUAUUGUUGGAUGUACCCCAGGAUACAGCACUCAUGACAGCGGAAAUUUUUGGCCCCUUCCUUCCUAUUGUGACGGUCGAGAAGAUCGAAGAUAGCAUUGACGUGGUGAACUCCAAGACCAAGCCACUGGCGGCCUACCUCUUCACCAAGAACAAGAAGCUGCAGCAGGACUUUGUGGCGAACGUCCCCGCGGGAGGAAUGCUUGUGAACGAUGUCGCGCUGCAUCUCACGAACCCGUACCUCCCCUUCGGCGGCGUGGGCGACAGCGGGACGGGCAGCUACCACGGCAAGUUCAGCUUCGACUGCUUCAGCCACAAGAAGGCGGUCCUGAUCCGCGGCUUCGGCGGCGAGGCGGCGGCGAGGUACCCGCCCUACACGCCGGCGAAGCAGAAGAUCCUGAGGGGCCUCAUCAACGGCAGCUUCAUCGCCCUCGUCCUGGCGCUCCUGGGCUUCCCGAGGGAGAGGCGCUAGGCUAGACGAUCGAUCCCCCUUCCAGUUCAGUUCAGUACAGGCUUUUGCUCGUGUUCGUCCGGUGCAGAUAUGCUUCAUGAUGAUGGAUUCAAUGAAACAAAUUUGAUAUUAUAAGUAUUAUUAUUUCUUUCUAUAAGUUUGGUUAAAAUUU